AUGAUAUUUCUUCAUGUUUUAUGUGAUAACCACCCAGCAAUCUCUUUUUACCGAAAAAAUGGAUUUUUCCAUCACGCAACAAUUUCAAAUUAUUACCAAAUUGGGGAUGCUUAUUUUGAUGGUUUUACUUUUGUAAAGCAUCUAAAUACUUCAAAUUAUUAUGGAUCUUUUAAUAAUUUGCUCACUUCAAUUUAUAAAUGUUGUACCUCAUUAAUUGAAUUUUUGGCAUCUCCUUUUCGUCGUUGUGGAGGAGGUGGGAGUGGUGGUGGUGGGACUAGCAGAAAAUCUUCAAUAAAUAAAAAAGAAAAAAGUGAUGAUAAACUUGUCAGUAUUUGUAGUAACCGGUGA